AUGGAAGCAGAAACCCCGGCGCUUGUAUUACCAACGACACCUCCAAGAAGUCAGAGAGGCUCAAAGAGAGUUCAAAGAAGACGUCGGAGAAUACAGACGGCUUGCAAGAGCUGCCAGGAUCGCAAGACGAGAUGUGACGGGAGUCGGCCGGCUUGUUCGGCUUGUCACAGACGAGGAGUCGCGGCCGAGUGCAUCUACGAGAAUUCGCCUGCUUCUGCAAGCUAUCUCUCUGCCCUGGAGCAGCGGCUACAGAGGCUUGAACAGCGACAGGAUGUUGAGUCGAGACCGCCGCAGCCAGCUGAACGCAGAGUCUCUCGCAAUGAUUCUAUUCCCGAGGCCAGUAUAGCUUCUCGAGAAAUGCAGGCCUCCCCGGCAACGCAAGGCCCAUACUCACCAAACACAUCUCGCUACGCCAGUAACGUGGAUGGAUUAGCCACGGUAUCGACAACCACCGAGAGUGAAUGCAUGUACGGUCCGUCAUCUACAAUUGCAUUCGUACAGUUUUGCAACGAGGCGAAUCGACAAGGGUCACUCCCGGAGUCAGACCAACAGGUUGAUGAACUACCAUCCGCAGCCGUUCCAGAGGCCAUUCGGGAGAAGGAUCCUUUUGCUGCCGUGUACCCGCCGCGGAGGACCGCUGACGACUUUGUUCGAUGCUUCUGGGAGUUUGUGCACCCCGUCUUUCCGGUACUUCACAAGACGAGCUUUAUGAACAGAUACAACCUCCUCUGGUCGGCAGAGGAGAACGAGGCAAACAACGAUAAUAUUUCAGAGAUGGAUGAAGUAAUCUUUUCUUCCACGCUUAACAUCGUUUUUGCCAUCGGAUGCCGGUUCAGCGAGUCUGUACCGGCUGCAAGCAGAGCGUCACUCGCCCAAACCUUUUAUCAACGAUCUAGGUCCAUAUACCGCUUCGAGAUCCUCGACUCCAUGUCUCUUUCAGCUGUUCAGAUGCUGCUUUUGACAGGAGUUUAUCUACAGUCCACUCAGCAAGCAACCCGUUGCUGGAAUGUUGUGGGUCUGGCAAUCAGAGCUGGGCAAUCCUUGGGAUUACACGUCGAGUCACCGAAUCAGCCUCGGAGCCAGUUAACCAGAGAGAUGAGGCGGAGAGUAUGGCAUACUUGUUUGGUGUUGGAUAAACUUCUGAGCAUGACUUUUGGGAGACCUGCCAUGAUAUCGACGAGCUGGCACGUCCCGCUGCCAUCGCUGAUUGAUGACGAAUACUUAUCCGCCGAUGGUCAAGGAGAGCAGCCUCAGGACAGGCCUUCAAGUCUGGGAUUACUUAUUUGGUCGUCAAAAUUAUUUCUCAUCUUGGAUGAAAUCCUUCUCAGCUUCUACGCUCCACAUCCACAAAAGAGUGUCGACACCAUGUCUGAGGGCGACUUGAACGUUCAGCAAAUUAUCUCGGACGUUAUGGUACUCAACAGGCGUAUCGAAGAGUUCUUUGAUUCGAUUCCUAAAUAUCUUCGUCUUGAGACCGGGUCGGAUAUUAUACCCGAGCAGCAGGAAGUGAGCGUUACAAUUCAAAAGCAGAUCCUGAAUUGCCGAAGUUCCGCAUGGCACUCGGUAUACUUUACGUUUGCUUCGGCCAUCACUCUUCUUGCUGCUCGAACCUGCCCUGCCGUGGACGCUGAAACUCUGGCUUCGUUCGAGCUCGCCUGGAGCCACUGUCUUGUAAUCUUGGAGUAUUACAAGGAACACAUUCAAGCGGCAAGGCGUGGCAUAUCAACACUUCAAGAGCUGAGAAGUCGCAUGGACUUGUCACGCAGUCAAGGCUUCUCCGAUUCUUCGCAAAUGGAAGCACCGGUAGGAGCAGAAAACCAGCAGAUGAAUUCAUUCGAUCUGUCACAGUUUGACGCAAUGGGGAUUGAUUCUGCGCUUGGGCUAUGGUUGAGUCAGGACAUGGACAGCUUGGGCUGGUUAGAGUUCCAAUAA